UUUAUCACCUACGACCAAAACACGUACACCGCUCGAUUACUUCACUUUGAAAAGUGCCGCAUUAAAUCGCAGUUUAAUCCGUCGAAUAAGCCACCCGGACAGUCGCCGCAAUGGCGAUCGGCGCCGCCGCGGUCACCACACUUGUAUCCACCUCUAGUUUCCGCCGAACCAUCUUUUCUCCUACCAGCCUCGCUCGGACGUUAACCUCCUCGCACCUCUCUUUCAAACAUAUUUACAAACACCACAGCUGCAAUGUAUUCAACAGGAACUUGAGCUGCAGAUCAACCGCGCCUGCUCAUACUAGUACCAAAUUUUCAAUUCCUACUUGCAAUAAUAGCUAUCCUCCUUAUGAGCGCCUCCUUCCCUGUCCGUCUCAGAAUGGACCUCCAAGGGUAGAACACUUGGUUGUUUUAGAAGGAGGCCCCGUUCUCGAGUAUAUUAGUAAAGCUCUGGAUAUUCCACCCCUAUUUGUUUCAGACCUGAUUCACUUUGGUGCUGUAUUUUAUGCUCUUGUAUACCCGGUCCCCCCUCGAACUGCUACAUAUGAGCAAAUAAAAGCUUUCAAGAAAUAUACAGAUCCGUCACUUUUAAGAAAUAGAUCAUCUAUUAAAGGGAAGACCUUACGAGAAGCGCAAAAAACUUUUCGCAUAACUCGCACAGAUGAGUUUGUUGAAACUGGAACUUACUUACGGGUGUAUGUACAUCCAAGACGUUUUCCAAGAUGCUACGAGAUUGACUGGAGAUCUCGAAUUAUUGCUGUGACUGAAAGCUAUGUGGUCUUGGACAAACCAGCCGGUACAUCAGUUGGAGGAACCUCAAACAAUAUUGAAGAAACUUGUGCAACAUUUACUACUCGUGCCUUAGGACUGGACGAUAUGUUGAAGACUACCCACCAGAUUGAUAAUUGCACUGAGGGCUGUGUAGUGUUAGCAAGAACAAAGGAAUACUGCUCAGUUUUUCAUGGCAAAAUUCGGGAUAAAAAGGUUAAGAAGCUCUAUCUUGCACUUGCUGCUGCUCCUGUACCAGUUGGAAUACUUACACACUAUAUGCGCCCAGUCAAUAUUGCACCACGCCUUGUAUCUGAAGUUGGCACAGAGAAUAUGUGUUUCAUUUGUAUAAACAAAGACUAUACUGCAGAUUUCAUCAGUGGUUGGCCUUUGUGUCAACUUGAGGUCUUAGAGUGCAAGAAGGUUCCUUGGCCAAAUGAUAUAAUUGAAGAACAAAACAAAAUCGAAGUUUGUGGAUGGCCAACUAGAGAUUUUGCAUAUGAGUGCAAAAUCAACCUCUUGACAGGUCGGACGCACCAGAUUCGAGCACAAUUGGCGGCUUGUGGUGCCCCUCUAGUAGGUGACACAAUGUACAUGCCAGCUGUGAUUUCUGAAGCUGAAUACCCCGGGCUGAAUCCUUUUGGCCCGAACAAGAAAGAGUAUUCUAGUGAUGAUGCCAAAGCCACAGCUGUUGAAGAAUGGAUUGCACACCACGGAAAGGAACCUACUGUUGCCAUUGGUCUUCAAGCAUGCCACAUUUCGUGGGACGACGGGGAGCAUACUUAUGAGGCUGGAUCACCAUGGUGGUGGUAAACAGCAAUAUGCACACAAAUGUUACUAUUAUAGUCACAGUAGUUCCACAACGAUUUCUAUGUCAACUCACUCCGAGCGUACGUAGCGCCAAUGACGAUCAAUCCUUUGUCCGGAGCCGCCCUAUUGCUACACAAAUUAUGGCCACAGCAGAAUGUUCAGUACUCGUCGAUGGUAGCCUUCUGCAUCAAUGGAAUGUCACGUGGUCAGAUAGCAACACCACCUGGGAGCCGGCAACCCACAUCCAUGAACAGGUUCCUUCUCAUAUCAUUGGUCAAGUUAGCUAUGGAUGUAUCUCUUACUUUCCUUGGUUCAGCUCAACAAAAGCUUUUAUUUGAGCUUCUUUGAGUUUACUCAAAAAAGUGUAAAUUGCUCCAAUAUGGAAAUUGCAAAGGCACUUUUUGUCAAAAGGGCAGGUUGAAGGCGAAGACCGGGUAGUCAUGGUUGAAGUCGAUGAGUAGACUGUUGCUAUCUUAUUUCUAAAGGUCUUUUGUUCCCCUACUUUGAGCUUCUUUGAGUUUACUAAAGAAUUAUGCAAGAGAGACUUCAGAGUGUUCCCUUACUGAUCCUCAAAUCAAUCAACCACGGAUUAUAAAUAGAAUUAUCUAUGGCCUUACGCUGUUCAACUCUCU